GGAAAAAAAUAAAAUCUUUAUAAAAAAAUUAGCACAAAUUUAGUGUCAUUAAGUAAUAUAUAUUAAAAUGGAAACUCAAAAGUUCUUAAAAAUUUUAAGCUUAAAAAUUACUCCAAAUUACUUAAUUGUAACCAUUUUCAACAUUAGCUGGAUAUCAUUGUAGUUGAAUAUACAUAUCUAUGCCUAUGUACAAAUAGAGGGAUAAAUGGAUGGGGGGAUGGAUGAUGGACGGAUGAAUAAAUGAGUGGAUAAGUAGAAAGAGAAACAAAACAUAUUUUACAGAAACUGAAUCAUACCAUAAUUAUUUGAUUAAAAUAUUAAAUUUAAUUAUACUUGAAUUUAUCAGAAAAAAUGGAACAGGAAUGAAUCUAAGAAUGUUGUUGAACUUUAAAUGUUUCAUAAACAUUAGUUUAUUAAUACUUAAAAUACCCCUUAUGGUUAAGAAUAAAGAUAAGAAAAAUAGUGAGGGGGUAUAAUUUUAAGUUUCAUUUUUAAGUAGUAUCAGUUCAAUUCUGCCAUUAAUGAUGAAAUUAACACCUUUUUACCCACUUUCUCUCUACCUAUCUCCUAGUUUUUGUAGCAAUUUCUGCUUUCUAAAAGUGUUUAAAACCUACAUUCUCUUUUAUAAUCAUAAUCUCUGCACUUUUGUUUUAUUUUUGCAUUUAAAUGGAUUCAGUGCUCUUCCCUGGACAUUUUACCAUAUUCAUGGUAUAUGAGGGAUUUUUUUUUUUUUAAUCAUCUCUUGGUUGGCUGGAUUUCAUUGUCAAGUUAAUUUUUUGGAUGCAUUUUCGGGUAAGGUUCAUGGAUGCCAUACUAUCGAGAAUUCUGUUUGCUCUUAAAAUUUUAUGAUUACCUAUGUCUGGCUUUUUUUACUUCAGAGAGGAUACUGAGCGCUCACUACUGUGCUAGACUGAGUAUACAGAGAUGCAUGUUUCGAAAUUCCUGACCUGGAAAACUUUACUGUACUAAGUGCAGUCACAAUUAAGCCCGAGAUGUUGUAUGAGUUUUCAAGACAGGAGGAGCAGAUUGAUCAAGAACAGAGAUAAGAAACAUCACGCAGAGGUACCACGGGAAUUUAAAUAGUGCUGGAGGGCCUGGUGAGACAGAAUAGGAUGACAGCAGGUCUGGAGCUGUAGACCUAUACCAGUGCUUAGAGGCCUGGAACCCAAAUUUCUUCAUAGGAAAUGGUAUAAUAUAUUGGGUCAGUCAGUUUCCACCCCACUCCCACCUCUAUCCUCAGGGCCCUGCUGUUUGCUGCCAGUAUUUUACUGUCUUUUGGCGUGGAGUGUUAAAUUUGUCAUUUCAUGGCAUUUUCAUUCUUUUUUGAGUUGGCUCUAUUACAGAGUUAUGACUUUUUCAAGAAUGGCUCUUAUAGCACACAUAUUCCCUGAAAAAUUUUUGGCACACAUUUGACAGUCUGCCACUUGCUUUAACACUUGAAAACAACUUGGCCGCUAAUCCUAUUGUGGUAUCACACCUUCUUUUUAUCAAUAUCUGCAGCUACUACUCUGUUUUCAAACAGUAGAUGUUGCUUUAUAAAAGGGUAAAGCUAGUUUAAUGUUCAGUACUUAUAAGAGACUUUCUUCUUCUCUUAGGAUAUCUGAAGAAUUUCAUUUGUUUGUUUUAUCCUUUAAGAUAAAAAAGUGUAAGUGGGCGUUGUGAAUUUCUAUAAGUUGUCCUCUGUCUUUUUUUUCUUGAAAAAAUAUGUCCCAUUUUCAUUUAUGGUUUCAGUUCUUCCUGCAUCCAAGGAAUAUUUCACUGUGUUUAUCUUGAAUAAUUGUCUGGUUUAUUUGUUAACCUCUUUAUUAUUGUGUUACACCAUUUGUCCUUUCUUUUUUUUUGAUCUAGUGUCUUCUAAUUAGUUACGUAUUUAUCUCUUCCCUUUACACUCAUCUCAAAUCUAUAUAUCAGUGUUUCAGUUUGAAGUUUUAUGUUUUCUUCUGGUUCUAAUUUGUUUAUUUAGUCCAUUUUGACGUUGUUCAGAGUCUUAUUUUUUUUUUCUCAGCUCUAAAUUCUCCAUUUUUAUUUCUUUGCCUUGACUCAUCGUUUUGUCUUCGAGCUCUUGUUUUAUUGAACCUAGUUGCCUAAAUUCUGUACCAUGAAGAAUUCUCAUGUAGUUGCUCUUCUAUUUCUUACGUUUAAUUUCAAACUAUAUCUUUUGUUUCUUUAUUUCUUUCUCCUUUGUUGUACUCAAUAUGUUUACAUAGUUGCUGUGCCCUUUUUUUCUUGCUGCUCCUGUUUAAUUUGGAUUUCUCUUCUCAGCCUACUAUAUUUUACUAUAGGUGAGUUUACUCUGCCACUCUCUGUUUUUGUCUUGGUGUGGGAGCUGAAAAGUUCACUUUUCCCCACCCCCCUCAAAAAAGGUGUCAACCUCCUCAUCCCCAGAUUCUGUGAAUGUUACCAUAAGUGUCAAAGUGUCAACAGAGCCAUUGCAGAUGGGAUUAAGUUAAGGAUUUUGAAAUGGGAAGAUAAUCCUGGAUUGCCUGUGUGGGGCUGAUGGAAUCACAAGAAUCUUUGUGGGAGGGAGGGAGAAGAGUAAUAGAGCAGAGAUAUGACUAUGGAAGCAGAAGUUGAAGUGAGGAGUUUUGAAGAUGAAGGAAGGAGCAAGAGUCAAGGAUUGUAGUUAGCCUCUAGAAUGGAUUUUCGCCUCGAGCCGCCAGGCAGAACCAAUCCUGAGGACACCUUGAUUUUAGGCCAUUAAGACCCAUAAUGGAAUUCUGACCUGCAGAACUAUAAGAUAAUAAAUUUAUAUUUUAAGCAACUAAAUUUGUGGUAAUUUGCUAUAGCAGCAAGAGGAAACUAACACAAUAAGGGAUCUUUAGAAUAAUCCUUUCUCUUACAUUUAGACCUAAUUUGAGCCAUUUUAUUUUUGGGAGAGGUGUUUUUUUUAUUUACGGAGUAUUGAGUUAAUAAUUCUUAUUCAUUAGCCUGGUCAAGGAAUCGCUUAUGUUUAUUUCAUUGAAUUAUAUUUUCUUUUUAUCUCAGAUCACCCGUGCCUUCCUGAUGCUCCUCCCUGUAGGCAUAUAUUUUAAUGAACUUGACUUCUAUCCUUGGAAAUUAAUUCUAUAGCAUGCACCUACUACAUUUUGCUUAUCCAUUCUUCUUGGGUUGGAAACUAAACUAAAAUUCCAAAUCCCUGUUAGUAUAAUGAUGCUAUGACUGUCAUCCUUGUAAAGACCCUCUUAUGGCGUGGGGUUCUGUGGACAUAGGCUAUAUGCUUAUUUAAUUUUACAAAAUGUAGGCUAAUUGAUCUUCAACAUGGCUACAUAGAUCAAUACUUCAUUUUACAUCAUGGUCUUUAUUAGAUCAUUUAAGUCCUUUUUUCACAUAUCCUUCUAACCGUUUGUAAGGUUUGAUCUAAUUUUAUCAUUUGAGAGACGUGAAAUAGUAUCUAAUCCUUGUUUUUACUUUUUCUGAUAGCUAAUAAGGCUGAGAAUUUCUUGAUAAAUGUGCCUAUCAUUUAGUGGUUGUGAGAGACUGAGCCCAUGGUAUUGGGGGGAACACUCAAAGACAGGGGCUGUUGGGGGUAAAGGAAACUGAAGGAGACUAGAUCAUGGCCUGGUUCUAAUGUAACUGCUAAGGUUGGAAGUAAAUACAUAUUGCUCCUAAGGGUGGAGGUGUAUUCAGUGGUAUUUAGGAGGUAGAACAAAGCUAACCUCAGAGUUCAAACCCCAUACAGAGCCCAGCUGUUUCCAGAAGAUUUAGACUGGGGCCUGGACCAGAAGCAUAAAGAAUGAGACCUUUAGGCUUGACCAAGACAGGAUUCAUGAUGAGGGCUGGGGCUGGAAAGCCAGGGGCUUCCUCUUUUCCCAAAUUGCUUGAGAAAUGACAAGGGAAAGGGUGGCAAGAGAGACAAUGGCUUGUUUUAAAAAUACAAAAGACUGUUCUCAAUAGUGGGGGAAAUUCAAUAAAUGUUAGAGUUGUAUGGAAUUAUGAGAUCUUCUCAAAUCCAUACCUAUUUACCAAUAUACACCUCACAUAUAACUUACAUUUGUACAUAAGUUAAACAGCACUAUUAAUAAGAUACAACUUUUACUGUUUUCUAUGAGACAGGCAUGAUUCUAAGCCAAGUUCUCUCAAGUACUGCCUUAUCCUCACCACUGAGAAGAUUUAGUAAUGUGGUUACCUUAGACACAUAAAGUAAUUUCCUUUGUUUAAUGUAAGUCACCUGUCCUCUGGUUUUGAUAUCAAGUAUAAGGUGUAAAAAUUUAAGUUAAUGAUCAUUUCCAUUGGAUAAAAGGCAUCAUCCUAGUCAAUGGAUUGUCACAGCCCUGCAGUCCUUGAAUACCAGCUGGGUCCCUGGAGUGCACUGAUGUAAUCCAUAGGUCAUAGUAUAUGCUGAGGCCUUAAAGAGGGCUUGCAUCAUAAUAGCCCUGAUGGUGUACUGAGCACUGGUCAGGACAGUGAUUUAGUGAGGAGAUAGCCUCUCAAAUGGUUUGUUGUUCUUGACUGUAUUAAUUUGAUUCUGUAUCAUCAAUGACUUUCGGAGAGCAGAGUUUCAGAGAGAAAGGUAACUGAUUUGAGUCACUCUCCAAAGAGUUGAAUCAUGAAGCGGAAACAAAAAAGGAAACACCUGGAAGAUGCAUACAUCCCCCAAAGUUCGAACAAGACAAAAAAAACGUUGAGUUUACAAGAAUAUGCUCUGCAGCCUAGACACGAUAGAGUGGUCCCAACUCAAGACCAGGAAGCAAAGGAUUCUUCUCCUUCAGAAUACUUCCCCGGCGUCUCUUCUGUAGACAAGCUGGCUGGUGCUGGAAUCUCAAACUUUAACCAAUAUAAUCCUCAAUUUGGGUACUCUUUGGAGAACAACAACAUGGUCCGUGAGGCACGAGACAGAUCCUCUGAAUCAGAAUACUUCUCAUGCUACUCUAGUUUCUCAAAUUUUUACAAUGUCUCUAACACUGAAGUCUUAGACUCAGUUGAAGACGAUGAGCAGCCUGGACCCUCUGGGUUGCCCCAAAGAACCCUUCCGAGGGCAAAGGAUUCAGACUCAGACGACGUGACCUCUGUGUCUUCUUCAGGAGUCAGUCAAGUACAGAAAAGUGUUUCUUCUCUUGGAUACCCUUUGGUAUCUCUAUCCCAGAACAGGGAGCAAUGGGAAUCUCCCUUUCCACCUCCUUUGGAUAAUAAUAAUAAGCCCCCAGUGCGUGUAACAGAGGAAACGAUCACAAAAAUUUGCUACAUUGCUGUCCCAAGAAAAAGGAGUACAGCUGUCUUAGAUACAGAGGAAAGGUUGGACCCCCCAAGAAAGAAGAAGAGAAAGAAGAGAUGAGCUUUCCUGAAGAGAUCCACACACCAGUCAGCCUCUCUGCUUUGGUUACGAAGGAACUCCCAACUGAGAGUGAGACCAAUUUUGCUGGCGAAGCUCAAGAGAAAGAGGAGGAUGCUGGCACUUCAGCAGAGCCUACAGCUCCGGGGGAAUGUUCUAGUGCCAACGUGCCUGAACCCCCGGUGGCCGUGGACAAUGACUUCAAGUGCAUGGGCUGCUGCGGGAUCUUCCCCAGCUUAGAGGUCCUUCAGAAGCAUGUGGAGCACGGGAUUGAGUAGGGCUUUAGCUGCCAUGCUUUCCAUCUUGCCAUGGCUUUCCUACAGAGCAAGAAGAACAAGAAAAAGAAGAAGAAGAAGAUCAAGAAGACAACAUCUACAUUCCAGUAAGAAAAAUAUUUUAGCACGAAAACCACCUUGUGCCAGUAAACAGAUUUUUUUUUUUUUUUUCCAGCCCCUAAAAGGGAGGAAGUGAAGCAGGCCACACUCUACUGAGAGGGCUUCACCUUUGCCAUCCAGGCAUAGUACCUGCCUUUGUUUAUGCAUAUCUCCACCCCCACCACUACCACCACACCCCUAGUAGGAGCAGACACUCACUUUUAACACUAUCUACUGCUGUCCCGAGAAGGAGGGAGAAGAAGGCUGAUCAUACCACGCAGAAGAGCAAGAUUUCCUCACAUAAACUAAAGAGCAGUGAACACCAGUUUGUCAUCUCCAGCACCACAAUGAGGAAAGGAGACUCAUCGCAAGAGGAAACUGCUGUGGGCCAGACUGUACAAGAGCAACACAGACCCAUUGGCCUGAAGAUUUCAAAUGAUGGUGUCCAGCACACUCCUACAGGCAGAUGAGACCACCACAAUUCUCAUGAGCCCCACAGCAUCGAGUAAGGGCUGGCCUGAAGAUAGAUGCACCCGAUCCUCUGUAGCUGCUCCCAGUUGCCCUGAGAAAACAUGGUGCCCAGCUCUUGAGAAAAUAUCUACAUAUAGCUGUGAGGAGCCCAAGGAAUACUGGGAAUACUACAUUCUCAGGAGACCUCUGGAAAGACUUUCUUGCUCACCCCCCUCAGGGAGUCAGCAGCCACCGAAAAUAACUGCACGAUUGCCUUGUGGAGAAGAGACAGAAUAGGUAGAGACAUGUUAGUACCACGGGAAGCAAAUUUCUCAUACCUAGAGCAAUCAGCUGUGGAACAGAAGAUCGAUGACAACCGGGCAGAAAUUUAGGGGAGGAGACUGCUAAAUUGACAGAGGGUUUAAAAGGCUAUUCUAAUUUCUUUUCUCACUUUGAGAUCUACUUCAUUCUUCUCAAGUCACUUUCAUUUGUUGCAGGCUCAAACACCUGGCUCAUAGUCUUACUCUUCAGCUCACAUACUGACUUUCACUCUGUCCAACUUCAUUAUUCUCCCCCACAUAUAACAUCCAUGAAUACAUGCUUGAUGCAUGAAUGUGAACACUACAGAAUUUCAAUAGUACAGAUUGUAAUACACCUUCUUUCCUGCACUCAUCCCAACACAUUUCCCUUAAAUGUUCUUUAUUAACAAUUUUACGCAUUCUUCUAUAUCCUUUUCUUUAUAUGAACAAUAUACCUCUUCCCAUAUCUUCCUCUCAUAUACUCACUUGCCCAGUUAUUCGACUGGAGGGCGCACUUUCUUAUUAAGAGAGGAAAAGAAUGAAACCAAAGGCAACUGUAACUCACCCCUUGGCGCCUCUCGGCUUAUGCACAUGGAAGCACACAAACACUUCUUAUACAGUCAUGUUAGGAAGGAUGGAACAUAUAAUAAAUCAUGUAUACAUACAGGUGCCCCAAAGAAGGAAAAAGUGCAAGGCAGAUGAAAGCAAAAGCAACUGUAAUUCACCUCUUGGUGUCUGUGAACUUGUGCACACGCAGGUGCACAUACACUUCUUAUGCAUACAUAUCUAUGAGGAAGGAUGGAACACAGAACAGUUUCAAGAUAAUCAAAUAUGUAUAUAAACAGGUGUCCCAAAUGCCAUAGUGCAGUUUUAAGCUUAAUCACUUUGGACGUGUAAAAGCUAUCAACUUCUGAAAAAUAUAAUCUGCGUGUCAUUUGCACUGUAUUUUCAAAGAUAAAUUUCAAUUUUUGUUUGUCACUCUGACGUCUUCAAUCAGAAGGACAGAAACAAACAAUGGAAAUUGAAAAAGUCUUAUAACAAUUCUCAAAACUCUACAGGAGAAGGGAAAUUAAAACAAUUCAAGUCUCAAAUGAGGAUCUCUAUAAUUUGUAGCUUUUACCCUUCUGAAAUUAUUAAAGCUUAAAACUGCACUAUGGCAUUUGGGACACCUGUUUAUAUACAUAUUUGAUUAUCUUGAAACUGUUCUGUGUUCCAUCCUUCCUCAUAGAUAUGUAUGCAUAAGAAGUGUAUGUGCACCUGCGUGUGCACAAGUUCAUAGACACCAAGAGGCGAAUUACAGUUGCUUUUGCUUUCAUCUGCCUUGCACUUUUUCCUUCUUCUUUUGAUAGGAGACUCUACCUUCUGGCCAAAUAUGUGGGCAAGUAAGUCAGACUAGCCAAGUAAAGUCAUUGCUUCACUGCUUGACUUCCAUGACUGACCCUAGGGGUAAACAUCGAUGAGUGUUGGACCAAUCUGUACUGAUCGCUUGGAAAAUUAAAACAUAAGACAUACAGCUUGUGGGGGUUAGUGGUGAGUUUUCUAUUGUCUGCAACUCACAUUUACAUCUAGGAGCCUCUACCACCGGACUUGCUUCAAUUCCUCUUUUUGGAAAGAACUGGCUGUUUUGACUAUUACUUUAAUUCGCUGAGCUUCCCUCCUAACCCUUAAAUAAAUGCUUCCU